AUGCCAGCUGGGAUCCAAGCGGCGGGUGGCCCACCGGUAACGGCGGCACUGCGGAACGAUCUGGGUUCCAACAUCCAUCUGCUGAAAGGUCUCAACGUGCGUUUUCGCUGCUUCCUGGCUAAAGUGCACGAGCUGGAGCGGAGGAACCGGCUGCUGGAGAAGCAGCUGGCGGCCCAGCAGUGCGAACGAGACCGCCGCCUUCGUUACAAGACCUUCAGCCGGGAUCAGGCCGUGCAAACCGACGGCGGUCUCCCGUUAACCGGAGCUGCUCUGUCUGCGAGCCCGGCGCCCGGCCUGGUUCCGUCACAUUACAGCCGUUUACCCGGUACUAUUUGGAGCUACACUCAAGUGAGGCGUACCGGUGGCGGUGGAUUGGAAACGGUUCAAGGGCCGGGAGUGUCUUGGAUUCAUCCGGAUGGUGUCGGGGUGCAGAUCGAUACCAUCACACCCGAAAUCCGGGCGCUUUACAACGUGUUGGCCAAAGUCAAGAGGGAGAGAGACGAGUACAAGAGAAAAUGGGAAGAGGAACUGACAAGAAGAAUGAGCCUGGAGUCUAUGGUAGAAACCUUGCGAGAGGAGGCGCAGGAAGCGGAAGCUCUCCAGGAGGAGUUAAAUGAAAAGAUUGAGAGAUUGAAAGCAGAACUGGUGGUGUUUAAGGGUCUGAUGAGUGAUCCCAUGACAGACCUGGACACAAAGAUUCAAGAAAAGGCCAUGAAGGUGGACAUGGACAUCUGUCGGCGAAUCGAUAUCACAGCCAAGCUGUGUGAUGUAGCGCAGCAGCGCAACUCUGAAGACGUUUCCAAGAUAUUCCAGGUGGCUUCCAAGAAGAAGGAACGAAAACUUGCUUCUGAUGAUGACCUCUCAGAGCAGGAUGCAGACAACAGCAGGUUCUCUGACGACGAGGUCAGCUGUUCUUUGAACAUCACAGAUGAAAUGAAGCGUAUGUUCAAUCAGCUUCGUGAGACUUUUGAUUUUGAUGAUGACUGUGAUAGCUUAACGUGGGAGGAGAACGAGGAAACGUUGCUUCUUUGGGAGGACUUCACAAACUGCAAUCCUUCAAUUGACCUCCAAGGAGAGGAAGAAAACCUGGGAAACUUGAUCCACGAAACAGAGUCUUUCUUUAAAACAAGAGACAAGGAAUACCAAGAAACAAUAGGGCAGAUAGAGCUGGAAUUGGCCACAGCCAAGAGUGACAUGAACCGCCACCUUCACGAGUACAUGGAGAUGUGCAGCAUGAAAAGGGGCCUGGAUGUCCAAAUGGAAACCUGUCGUAGGCUUAUCAAAGGUUCAGCUGACAGAAAUUCUCCAUCUCCCAGCUCUGUAGCCAGCAGCGACUCAGGAAACACAGAUGAAAUUCAGGAUGAGUUGGACAGAGACGCGGAUGUGGAGCCCAUGGUCAGCUGAUACGUGGUUGGAGCAUUCCAGUGAAAGGGAAAACACAAGCAAAGAUUGGAAAACAACACACUGUUGAGGGGUGAAAAGAAUAAAAUUAAGACUUGUAGGCCCCUGCAUCGGGCUUCUAUGGACUCGUUCCUACACGCAUCCCCACCCCACCCAAGGAUUGGUGCUGUAAAUUUCUAUUGUUAUACAAUUCACAAAUGCAGAGUCCUGUAAGAAAACAUGGUGUUUUAAUUGUGCCUUUGCCCCAAGCUGAGCCACUUUGAGCUCCAGUGGAAUAUUACUAGCAGGUGUUUUUAUAUGAAAAAAAAAUAAAGUAAAUUAUAUAUAUAUGUAUCUAUUGAAAAAUCUGGUUGCAGCAGAGGAUGGUGCUGCAAAGGCUCUGGAUAUUUCAAUAAGCUUCUGGUUUUAUUGAACUGCUGCACUGAUUGGCAAAAGAAAUACUGGCAAACUGAGCAAGGAACCCGAGACAAUUGUGGUGUAAUUACCAAUGCCUGGCACA